CAAUAAUUGCAUCAUUUCCUCUUACGCCGGACGUUGAUGGUGUGUUUGCGCGUAGAUUUUCGGGACAAGCUAACUGCUGGCACAAUGGGGGUGACUUGUGUGUGUCAGGUGCCCAUUGCAGAGGGGAAGAGUGUGCAGCAAACAAUAGACAUUCUGCACAAAAAGCUGGAACAGCUUGGCGCUGUAAAGCAUGGAAGCUUUUACGUGGACUGUGAGACGUACCAUGCCACAGGAAACACCAGCGGUCAGCCUUCAAAGCUUCUGUAUGUGAUGCACAACUCUGAGACUCCCCUGAGCUGCCUAGCUCUAUUUGAAGGGGGGCCCUGUCUCACUGCAGAUGGAAAUUUUGAUGUGCUCAUGAUAAAGCUGAAGAGCCACUUUCAGAAUGCCAAGGGGCACAAGGUGGAGAGUCGGGGCACUCGCUUCCGCUAUUGUGAUUUCCUGAUCAAAGUUGGAGCUGUCACAAUGAGCUCUAGUGCAAGGGGCAUUUCAGUAGAGGUGGAGUAUUGUCCCUGCGUGAUCCCAGGGGACUGCUGGAACUUGAUGAAAGAGUAUAUGCAGACAUUCCUGGGCCCUAGCAUCCCUGAGCUACCUUCAGUCUUUGCCACCAAACCUGAGGGUCUAUAUGCCCCAGCGGACUGUGUUGACACCAUGACUCAGUAUCUGGAGUUAUUCAGCAAACUACGUAAACAGCAGGUAAUUCCAGGGGGUACUGGACGCUGAGGUCUCCAGGAAAGAGAAAAGGAAUAUUCCUCAACUGUUUCUCAACCUUUGUAAUGGACCCAAUUUAUGAAAAGACUUCUAUUCCAGUUCACUAAUGAAUCACUAAUCACUUAUUUCCAAUCAGAUCUGGGAUUCAGUCAUGACAUGUCAAAUGACCAGAUUUAGGGAACAUCUGUGUUUUCAAAUCCUUGUUUGUAUGCAAAAAAAGGCUAUAGCAGAGAUCUGAAAUACAAGGAAUGCAAGUCCCUGUGGGGCCUUUAACAACUGUAGACCACAGUGGACUUAUUGUAUAAUAGCCAGGAAUGCAAAACACACGUAUCAUCUGACUUUGCAUAUUUAGAUUUAAAUAAAGUAAUGGAAUAUCAAAACCUAUUUCAUGCCAUUGGGAUGUGUGCAUUGGUUUGAUGUUUCUGGCUAAUAAUGUGAGAAGUUUGUAUUGUUUUCUUAAACUUGUUUUUCCAAUCAAUAAAAACCUUUUUUAUA